GACCUCGUUCGGCGUAUCACAACGCAAAGCAAACAUUCAAAAAUAUCCACCUUGUUGUCUCUGCUUUGAUUCCUCGUGUAAUUCGAGCUAUUUUCUCGAGGUUAAGACAUCGCAUGAAAGUUAAGCUAUGUAUUUUUAUCUCGCAUUACUGGUUAGCGCCGCCGUGUGCUGGGCGGGCUUCCGCCUAGUUGAGCUCCUUAAACUCCGCGGCUUUGCUCGGGCACAUGGCUGCGAGCCGGCCCGGCGCAUGCCGCAGAGCGAGCGCAUCGUCGGACUUGGGCUCUUUCUCGACGAUGUGGCGGCGGCCCGGGAGCACCGGACGCUGCAGACGGCCCAGCGCCGGUUCCGCGAGCUCGGCAACACUUUCUCGGGCGUGUGCAUGGGACAGCACUUCCUUACCACCGUGGACUCGGAUAACGUGCGCGCGCUGCUAUCCACUCGAAUGGAGGACUUCAACAGUGGAAAAAAGUCAUUGUUUGGCCCCUUCAUCGGUGACAGCAUGCUCACUAGCGACGGCGCUGUGUGGCGGCACUCACGCGCCCUCGUGCGUCCCCAUCUCGCCCGAGACCGCGUCGCCGACCUAGGGAAGCUCGAGGGCCACAUGCAGAACUUCUUCUCUCGCCUGCCACUCGACGGCACGACGGUUGACCUGCACCACCUCUUCGCACAGCUGACGUUUGACAACACAAUGGGACUGCUGCUCAACGAAAAUGUCUGCAGUCUUCUGAGCCGGCCCGGGUCGCGGUUGGCACAAGUCGUCGAGGCUUUUGAGAGCGUGGGCGGCUUUGUCAACAAGAGGGCGGCGUUGGGACCUCUUUUGCGCAUUUACCGCGACACAGAGUUUGAGGCCAAGUGCAAGGUGCUGCAUGAUUUUGUCGACGAGAUAGUGCGCAAAGCAUACAACAACAGGGGAUCACGCCAAUUUGGCUCCGAGGAGAAGGACCGAGGAUUCCUGGCGAGCAUCCUUGACGAUACCGUCGACCUCGUGAAGAUACGGUUUGAGAUUCUCGGGUUGCUGCUGGCUGGACGCGACACGGCGGCCGAUCUGAUGGGUAAUCUUUUUUUUGUGCUCGCGCGCCGGCCCGACGUCUGGGAAAAGCUGAAGAAGGAAGUCGACGACGUCUUGCAGGGGCGCAAGCCGACGUAUGACAGUCUGCGAGAGCUCACCUACCACCGCUAUGCCAUUGAAGAAGCUCUGCGCCUGUACCCGCCGGCGCCCGUCUUGUUUCGAGCCGCCAACAGGAACACGGUGCUCCCGCGUGGUGGCGGAGCGGAUGGGCGGUCGCCCGUCGUAGUGCCGCGCGGGACCAUUGUGAGCUGCUCGACGUUUGCGCUGCAUCGGCGCCACGACGUGUACGGAAUCGACGCAGAUGAGUUCCGGCCGGAGCGGUGGGAGGCUAUGGAGAAGCUACGAACGAGGCCGCGGUGGGAGUUUCUGCCCUUCAGCGCCGGGCCGCGUGUGUGCAUGGGCCAGACGUAUGCCAUGGCCGAGAUGGCCUACAUUGUGGCGCGCAUGGCACAGGAGUUUGACGCCAUCCAGAGCCGGACGGGUGCGCCGUGGCUCGAGAAAUGGAGCAUCACACUCUCGAGCGCGGCCGGCACAAGGGUUGGACUGGUGCCGAGACAGAAAUGAGAUGGAGUGCAGCUUUACAUGGCGAAAAUAGUGCUGGUAAUUAGCUGGGAAUAGAUAAACAAAUAAUAGCGUGGUACAUUUCGAGUUUUUUUUUGGUCAUGGACUGAAGGUCCAGACUCCUGCCAGCGACACUUGGAGAAAUGAUCAGGGUUGUGGACCCUUACUAGGAG